CUUUAGGAAGGGGUUAAUACUUAACUGAGCAUGCGCUAACUAAAACGCUCAGAAAGAUACGAUGCGGAUUUAGAGUUCGUAACUUUAAGCGAGCACCUUCUCUCAAAAGAGAGUCUUUCACAAACUUCCAUUUGAUUCAUAACCGAAGAAAAAUUCGAGGAUGCAGUUGGUGUACAUUCUUUUGAUAUUCGUUACCAAUGUUUUGGGUUUUUCAAAACAAAUCGCCGUAGGCUUUUUCGAUGAUGACGAAAUGAUUAAACUUGCCUUCGAAUCAUCGAUAAAAUCGAUCAAUCAUGAAUAUUGGGAUAUUCAUUUGAUAUCAAAUAUCGAAGAAAUAAAUCAAGAUGCAUUCGAUGUUAAUGGCAAAGUAUGUACGAUGAUUAGUACGGGUGUGGCUGCGAUAUUUGGUCCACAAGAUAAAUUCAUAGCUGAACAUGUGCAGAGCAUAUGUGAUACGAUAGAAAUGCCACAUAUCGCAGUUAGAUGGGAUCCUCAAGAAAUGCGUGGGAAAACUGUGAAUCUUUAUCCACACGCAAAUACAUUGUCCUUGGCAUAUCAAACAUUGAUACGUGAACUAGAUUGGCAAGAGAUGAUAAUAUUGUUCGAAAAUACUGAAAGCUUGUUAAGAAUAAAACCAUUGUUAGAACUUCGUAAUACAGGAAUAGAUAUAUUUUUGUAUCAUUUAGGAAAUGGUCCGAAUUAUAGGAAUAUAAUGCAAGAGAUCAAGGAAACCGAAAUGAAGAACAUCGUGAUCGAUUGUUCUAUUCAGAUAUUAGAGGAGGUCUUAAAACAGGCUCAACAAGUUGGUAUAAUGUCGGAUCAAUAUCAAGUGAUAGUUACUUCAUUGGAUUUACAAACGCUCGAUUUAGAACCCUAUAGUUAUUCCGGCGUAAAUUUCACUGGUUUUCGUUUAAUCAAUCCAGAAGAUCCAACAAUGACGGAGAUAUUUGAAAAACACAAAGAUGAUUGGAAUUUAUCCAGACCAGAAGAGCUUCGACUCGAGCCAGCUUUAAUGUACGAUGCCGUUCAACUUUUUGCACAAACUUUGAAGCAAUUAAUUGGUACUACAAAUUGGAACGUAAAAGAGCUACCUUGCAAUGGUUCAAUGAGCUGGGAACAUGGAAGCACUUUUUUAAAUUUUAUGCGUGUGACUGAAAUGAGAGGAUUAACUGGAUUAAUAUGGUUCGAUACUACUGGAUUUCGAAGUAACUUUCAAUUGGAUAUUGUACAACUGCAACGAAAAGGAUUAACAACAAUUGGAGUUUGGAAUAGUACACGUGUGAAUGGAAUUGAAUGGACGCCAGACAUAAGUUCAACGAAAUCCGAAGCUGAAUUGAGUUUACAGAAUAGAACAUUUUUAGUACUUAUAUCUAUGACAAAACCAUAUGGAAUGGUAAAGGAAUCUGCUGCAAUGUUAUCUGGCAAUGAACGGUACGAAGGAUUUGGAAUCGACAUUAUUCAAGAACUCAGUAAAUCAUUAGGCUUUAAUUAUACAUUUGAAGUUCAAACAGACAGCGUUUAUGGUUCAUAUAUCAACAAAACAGGGAAAUGGUCAGGAAUGAUAGGGAAAAUAAUGGCGGGGCGUGCAGAUUUGGCGAUCACCGAUCUAACGAUAACUUCUGAUCGUGAAAGUGCCGUUGAUUUUACGAUGCCAUUCAUGAAUUUAGGUAUAAGUAUAAUAUUUAAAAAGCCAACGAAAGCAACGCCCAGUCUCUUCUCGUUUCUCUCGCCAUUUUCUAACGACGUUUGGCUAUGCUUGUUGGCGUCGUAUAUCUUCGUGUCAGUGCUAUUCUCCGUGAUCGGUAGAUUGUGUCCAGCGGAAUGGAACAAUCCUUAUCCUUGCAUCGAAGAACCCGAGGAGUUGGAGAACCAGUUCACGUUGAAGAAUUCCUUUUGGUUUACCAUUGGAAGCAUAAUGCAACAAGGUUCCGAUCUAGCACCUAUAGGAUUUUCAACAAGAAUGAUGGCAGGAUGCUGGUGGUUUUUUUGUUUGAUCAUAGUCUCUUCUUACACGGCAAAUUUAGCUGCUUGCUUGGCUAUAGCUGUUAACAUACCAUCAUUUACCAACGUCGAGGAACUGGCGAAACAGAAGGUGAUAAAAUAUGGUGCAAAGAGCGGUGGAUCGACCUUCGAAUUUUUCAAAAAUUAUGCCAAUUCCAAGGAGGCCUCCUACCAGACGUACAAGGAUAUGUACAACUACAUGAUGAGUAACGAUGACGUAUUGACCAAGGACAACGAUGAGGGAUUGACGAAGGUCCUGCAAGAGAAUUAUGCCUUUUUAAUGGAGUCCAGUUCGAUCGAGUACAUCAUUCAAAGGGAGUGUAACGUUACGAAAGUUGGUGGUUUGUUGGAUCAAAAGGGUUAUGGGAUUGCCAUGAGAAAGGAUUCAUCUUAUCGUCAUCAAUUAAAUACGGCAAUAUUAAAAUUACAAGAGAGUGGUAGAAUAACCGAAUUAAAAAAAAAAUGGUGGACCCAAAAGCGUGGCGGUGGAAAGUGCGAAGAAGGUGCACCACCAAGUUCGGCGGAAGAAUUAAAUUUGAAUCACGUGGGAGGUGUAUUCUUAGUUCUUUUCGUUGGUAUUGGAUUUUCUUUUGUCUUCACGUUAUUCGAGCUCAUUUGGGAAGUUGCUGUUAAAUCGAUAAAAGAAAAUCUCUCUUUCAAGGAAGAAAUGCUGGAGGAGAUAAAGUUCGUGGCAAAAUGUACCAGUGAAACUAAAACAGUUAGAGAGAGGAAAAAUUCAUCGCACAGAAGCGGAGAAGAUAGUACGGAGGAUUGCAGUCCUCCUUAUGGAUUUGUACCAACUGUAAUUACAACCUCACCCGACGAUGACAAUUGAAAACUUUCGAUAAUUCAAGCUCCUCGAUCGUUUUAAAAAACAUCGACAAAAUUAAUUAAUAUUUGUUGGAUGAAAUGAUUGAGUAAAUGAAACAAUUCAAUCUAUUUGAAUUCUUAGUAAACUCCUUAGAAAUAUAUAUAUGAGAUAAUAGAAUGGCGACGAAAACUUAAAUGAUUAGCAAUCGCUAAUAAGAUUUUAACUGAGAAUGAAAAUCACGAUUCUGCUCUACUUUUGAUUAAUGUUGAUGCGUCAGUAAUAUAUAUAUAUAUAUAUAUAUAUAUAUAUAUAUAUUUAUUUAUUUAUAUCAUAUAUCAUGUAUAUAUAUACGAAUGUGUCUAAGUAAUAUUGAAUUUUAUAAUGAGACUUGCAUAACUACGAAAUUAUGUUCUCUGGCAUGAAUAUGUUCAUUUAUUUUAUUUCCUAUUUCCUGACCUAAAUAAGACUCCCUCUAACUAUAGGUAGUCUAUAAGAAAACAGUUGGGCAGCAGCCAUACGAUAGUACGGAUGCUAUUUAGUCGAAGUAAAUUCGUUUUAAGUGUCUCUUACAAAUUUUUAUUCUCUUUCGAUCGUUAAUUAAAAGUAAUAUUGUGAUGUUUUAAAAUUAAUGAGGAUUAAUUAUCGGACUCUUAUAUAUGGUAUCGCUAAAAAGAG